AUGUCGGUCAGCCAGGUGCAGCAUGCUAAUAUUGAUACAAAGAAAAAUGAUAAGAUUUUGAAACCAUUAUUUUCUAAACAAGCAGAGUGCUCUUAUGUGUCUUGCUACUGUGAGGAAAAUGUCUGGAAACUCUGUCAAGAUGUUUCUUUACGAGUUCCAGAAGAAUUGGACCGAUGUUAUGUUGUAUUCAUAUCCAAUCCUUGUCGCACUGUGCCUUUGUGGAAACAAAGAGCGGGGCGCGAAGAAGAUCGCCUGGUUAUAUGGGAUUAUCACGUAAUAUUCUUGUAUUCAAUUGAUUUGAAAUCCUGUUUGGUGUAUGAUCUAGACUCGGAGCUUCCAUUUCCAACAUUCUUCCAUAAAUACGUUACAGAAACAUUUCGCACAGAUCAAGUUUUGAAAUCUGAUUUUCACAGAUUCUUCAGAGUUGUUCCAGCGAAAUACUUUCUACAACAUUUCUCAUCUGAUAGACGUCAUAUGAAAAGACCUGAUGGUUCUUGGAUUAAACCUCCUCCACCAUAUCCUGCAAUUUCCACAGUUGCUUCAACUCAUAAUUUAGAUGAGUACAUUAACAUGGAGGCUGAGUCGGGUCCUGGGCAAGUUUUUAAUCUCACAGAAUUUGUUAAACGGUUCUAUAAGAUAGAAAAGUAA